AUGGAUCUGUCUACUUAUAUUGGCCGGAUUGCGUCUCUUAAGGAGGAGUUCUUAACUUUGAUGUCCUUCACUAGUGCUAAAGCUCAACAAAUACAGAUUGACAAGUUCUUUAUGGUGUUAACCCUCAUUGGCCUCCGUCUAGAUCUUGAGUCUGUCCGAGAUCAGAUUCUUGCUAGUCCAUCAGUACCAUCAUUGGAUGAUGUGUUCGCUCGUCUCUUACGCCUCUCCUCUACUCAGACCUUGUCGAUUGAUGGUCCUUCAGAUUCAUCUGUGUUAGCCUCUCAAACUAACUCUCGAGGAGGACGUAGUGGCAAUCGGGGUCGAGGACAACGUCUUCAGUGCACCUAUUGUAAUAAGCUUGGUCACACUCGAGAUCGUUGCUAUCAGUUGCAUGGACGGCCUCCUUGCACUGCCCACAUUGCUCAGUCAUCUGAUCCUCUGCUAUCUCGACCUGACUCCGCUGCGAGCUUCACAUCUCAGAGUAUCACCCUUGCUGGUAGUGAUUAUGAUGCCUAUCUCCGAUAUCAGGCAGCCACAUCAACUUAUGUUGCUUCUGUUGCCCAGACCGGACUGGAGUACGGGGAAGACGAUUGGCAUAGGGCGUGAGUCUUACGGCCUCUAUCACCUCACAUCAUCUUCAUCUCCUGCAACUUGCAUUUCCAUUGAUGCUCCUCUUCUCAUUCACAGUCGUCUGGGUCAUCCUAGUCUCUUCAUAUUCCAGAAGAUGGUCCCUCGUUUUUCCACUUUGUCGUCGCUUGCAUGUGAGUCGUGUCGGCUUGGAAAACAUACUCGUGUCUCGUUCCCAAAGCGUUUGAAUAAUCGAGCAAAGUCUCAUUUUGAACUUGUCCACACUGAUGUUUGGGGUCCGUGUCGGACCGCGUCUACUUUAGGAUUUCAGUAUUUUGUCACUUUCAUUGAUGACUAUUCAAGAUGUACUUGGUUAUUUUUAAUGAAAAAUCGAGCUGAGUUGUUCUCUA